AUGCCCAUGGGGACCCCCUGUCCUGCCCCCCUGACCAGAGGCACUGCAGGAGAGCGCGGGGACGGUGAGUGGGGGUACCCUGGCAGGAUCCUGGUGCUGCGGAACCACGGGGUGCUGGCGCUGGGGGACACGGCCGAGGAGGCCUUUUACAGCAUCUUCCACCUGCAGGCAGCCUGCGAGGUCCAGGUGUCAGCGCUGGCGAGCGCGGGCGGCGCCGAGAACCUGAUCGUGCUGGAGGGGGCGAAGCAGCGGGUGCCCCACGGCCCCGGCGCCCUGCGCCGCGCCGGCACCACCUUCGGGCCCCUGCACAAGAGCCGCCUGGGCGAGCACGAGUUCGAGGCCCUCAUGAGGAUGUUGGACAACCUGGGGUACCGCACGGGCUACACGUACCGCUACCCCUUCGUGCAGGAGAAGAGCAAGCCCAAGAGCGACGUGCUCAUCCCGGCCACCGUGACGGCCUUCGUGUUCGAGGAGGAGCCCGCCGGGACCCCCGCGCUGCGCCAGCACGCCCAGAAGCAGCAGAAGGAGAAGACGAGGUGGCUCAACACCCCCAACACCUACACCAGGGUCAGCCUGGCCGAGGAGCCGCAGGGCAGCGCCGGCAGCCAGAGGACAAAGACCACGUGGCUGCGAGCGGACGAGGUGGAGAAGGGCAGCAGUGGGACCCCCAUUCGCAUCGAGAACCCCAACCAGUUCGUGCCCCUCUACACGGACCCGCAGGAGGUGCUGGAGAUGCGCAACAAGAUCCGGGAGCAAAACCGCCAGGACGUGAAGUCAGCCGGGCCCCAGUCGCAGCUGCUGGCCAGUGUCAUCGCCGAGAGCAGCCGCAGCCCCUCCACCGAGAGCCACCUGGGGGACGCGGAGGCCAAGGAGGGCUCCCGGGAAGAGGCUCCCCCUGAGCCAGAGCCCCCCAACCCCUUCAGCCAGCUCACGGACCAGGAGCUGGAGGAGUACAGGCAGGAGGUGGAGAGGNGGAAGCGGCACCUGUGGCAGGACGGGAUCAAAUCCCAAUGUUCUCCACCCCUGGAGGGCAAAUCCUGCUCCUGCCCAGGCCCCAGCAGUGACUGGGGGACCAAACCCUAAGAGCACGGGCACUGCCGCCCCAAUGCCCUGUCCCCUCUCCGCUCCCAAGGUGACAAGAAGGUGGAUGGCGGCCAAGCCCCGGCCGAUUCCACCACCAAGAAGGAGCCGCCGGCGGUGGUGAACGGGAAGGACGAGGAGCAGAGCACCGAGGAAAACCUGGGAAAAGGGGGGACAGAGCGGACAGCCCCCAACGCCGACCAGGAUGUCCCCAAGGAGAAGGAGACGGUGACCAGCACCCCUGUCUCCCCCGACGGUUCACCCUCCAAAUCACCCUCCAAGAAGAAGAAGAAAUUCCGGACCCCAUCUUUCCUGAAAAAAGGCAAAAAGAAGGAAAAGAUCGAAUCUUGAGUCUCCCCAGAGGCCUCGCUGGCCGUGGUGGCCAUCCCUGGGAUCCCCCGGGGCGGGGGGACGGCUCCUGCCUCGUGCGUCUGGCCGAGGCCCAGCCCCAAACCCCGGAAUCCGGCUGCUUUCCGGGUCCUCCUGGCACGAGGCACCUCGUCCCCCUUGUCACCCGCUCCUGGAGGUGGUCACCGAGCUUAGAGAGACUGUGGUCCCCACCUGGGGAAAUUCCUGCUGCACCUCCCUCCCCCUCUCCCUCCUGGGCUCCGGCCUCUUCCCACCAUGGGCCGAGAGUUGGAUUUUCCCACCAGAGCCCGGAUCCGCUUGAUUUGAGGAAGAAAAGGGUGUUUUGUGGUUAUUUUCUUCACCUUCUGUUUCAAGCUCUGCUGGAAUGGCGUUGGCUUCAUCCCCAGGGAAAACUGCCUGUUGCUUCACCGGGAGAAUGGGACCGAGAUGAAGGUGGGGGAUUGCUCUUCCCAAAGGAGAAGCCAAGGUUUCUCCUUCCUGGAUCGUAAUCUUCCUCUCCUUGGGCUGAAGAACCGCUUCCUCCCCUUCUCCUGGUGCUCCCAUCCCGCGUCCCCCCCACCCGAGGAAGAGCAGCAGGAUUUCCCACCCCUGGAAAAGCCCCCACCUCACCGCACAACCUGCACCCGGGAAAGUAGGGAAAAAUCACCUCCGGGAAUCGCCUGUGUUACUUAAAACUGAGCAAAACUCA